ACAUGUCAUUUGUCAAAUAAAGUGCGUGAAACGUCAAUAUGUCAUAUGUUUUGAAAAUAAUUUCUAUUGAUAUUUUGUAAAAUUAAUCAAAUAAAAAAGGUAACAUGGACCUAUGCAGGGUCUGUCUUGUACCUGAACCUAAUAAGGAUAUAUUGUCUGAAUCACUAAAGGCGAGAAGUGACAAUAAAAGUUUUGCCGAGAUUUUUAUGUUUUGUUUCGACAUACAGGUUGACGAGGACUCAAAAAUCAGUACAAAAAUAUGUAUAAAAUGUUACGGUAAAGUUAAAACAUAUUAUAACUUUAAAUGCCAAGCUGUAAAAAGCGAUGCUUACUUAAAACUACUACUUGAGGAAAGCAGUGUUAAAAAUGAGGUAUUUUUACGAGAUGAUAAUGAUAUAAAGAAUGAACAUGAUCAGCCACCAUCACCAUUGAGUGAUGACCCUCAGGAACCAGAGGUAAUGGUGAAGGAUGAACCAAAGGAUGAUGGUCUUUACAAAAGUGAGGAUGACUCGCAUGAUUAUGACGAUGACAAUGUGUUGUUAAGUGUAAUUAAGAGUAUAAAGUAUGAAUAUGUUGAAAAUGAUAGCAAAGACGAACAACCUGUAAAGAAAAAGAGGAAAAAGAAAGAUGCUGUUGUUAAGACUAGCUCGGAUCCUAUUAGGCAGAUAUGUGAAGAAUGUGGCAAAGCCGUGAAGGACCUGAAGGCUCACUCCUACCUCCACAUGCCAGUGUCCUGCCGCAAGCGCUUUAAGUGUAAAACUUGCGACAAAGUAUUCUCCAGCCACAGCGCAAGAAACAAACACAAUAAGAUAAAACAUUUAGGAAUUAAAAAGCAAUGUGAGAUAUGUAAUAAAACGGUAACACAUCUCAAGCAGCACAUACGCCUGAUUCACAAUCGCUCGUCGCUACCAUUCUGCUGCGUGUCGUGUGGGCGCAGGUUCAUUUCCAAGUCGAUGCUAGACCUGCAUAUGACGUCACACACCAAAGACCGCCCGUUCCCCUGCCCGGAGUGCGAUAAAAAGUUUUCGUGUAAACAAAGAAUGCUUCUUCAUAAACGUCAAGUGCACGACAAAGAGAAGACACACUUAUGUCAAUUAUGUUCCAAGAGCUUCUUCAAGAAAUAUCAUUUACAAGUACAUUUAAGGAGUCAUUCCAAAGAGAAGCCGUAUGCAUGUCCAGAAUGUGGCAAAUGUUUCUCCACCACCACGAUCCUCAAGAGUCACCGGGAGAUCCACAAGGAGGAGAAAGCCUAUAACUGCACUCUCUGUGAUAUGUCCUUCAAAAAGAAAAACUACCUAAACGUCCACAUGAUCAGCCAUACGAAGGUGAAGCGCUACCCGUGCCAGUACUGCGGCGUGAAGUUCGGCCGCUCAGACCAUCGCAAGCGGCACGAGUACACGGCACACGAGAAGAACUUCAUCAGCGCCUGACAAGAACACUAAGUUACACCACUUUCACAGUUUUCUAAGUGUAGUGGAUAUUUUUCGAUGGUGACGCCAUCUAUAUAGCGAAUUUUACACUUUAGAAGUUUUGUAAAAGUUAAUGACACUGGCGGGAUUUAUACGGCCCUCUGAUUCGCCCUACCUACCUAUUAACACUCUCAAUAUACGAACUAUUUAACUCCUAUUGCAUUUCUGCUACUCUAGUUUAGACAAAUGUCAUAAAUACAUGAAUGGAGUAAAUAGGAUAUCAUAUUUCGUACAUCUGCUUGUAUUGUACUUAACUAUUCAACUUUUAAACUCGGUCUUCGUACUGUAUGCUUACAGCACUAUAUCAUGUUCUAUAGUAGAUAGUAGGCUACUCGUCUAGUGAUAUGAAUUUAUGAAAUCUUUCUUUUAACUUCUGUUAAACGCUUGUGUCAUUAACUUUUCGAAUUUUCUUAAUUUGGUGCGUCCAAAUCUAGUGUAUAUUAUUUCAUGUUCACACGCCGCCCGCGUGCAAUUCGUGAGAUGUUCACAAGUUGCUCGCGAGGAAUACAUUCCCUAGAUGUGGACGCCCCGUAUCAUAUACAGUUUUAUUUUAAUCUUACAAAACGGUGCUCUUAAGUUCAAAGUCGUGGUCUAUCAGCGGUGUAGUGUAUUCUCGAAAACGUUUGGACCAAUCGGAAAAUCCAAAUUAUUUAUUGAUUGUUUUUCAUUAUAAAAAAAAUUGUUGAACAUUUUAUUAUGGCGAUAUUCUAAUUUCGAUAGGUCAACAAAACAAAUAGCCACGAAGUAAGCAACAGUAAUUGCAAUUGCAACGCACUUCAGACUGUAAAUCUGAGAGGUUGUGUUAUAUUUUUUUACUAUUUACUAUAUUAUUAAGUAAUGAGUUUUAUUCCUGUGAUGGGUCGACCAACCAGAACGGCUUUAAAACAUUCAUCCUUCGGUGUGGUUAUAUUGCUUUAAAACCGUUAAAUAAAUAUAUGCUUGAAAUAUUGUUUGAAGAUGGGUAAUGUUGAGUUAUAAGAAUCGUUUGACUUUUAUUUAUGUUAUAAAAAUAAAAUCUAUGAGAUUUAUAAAAA